AUCACAUCCCUCGCUUUCUAUUUUCUCACCCAAUUGCUUGUGGACGGUUUCUCUACUGGUAUUCGGAUAUUUUUGAUCUUUCGGGCUCGCCUUACCCCUUGAACGAACAAACGAACGAAGGGUAACCGGGUAGGUCAAGGUUCCGCGCGCUUCUUCCUUUCUUUGGGGGGCUGUUUCGGACCAGUCUAUCGGGACGCUAUCGGAGGCAACACCUCGGAUAGUCAAACAGCCAGAUAGCUUUUUACGAGACGAUAGGACAGCUCCAACAGAGCAGUGAGCAACAGAGGGGGGAAGAACAAAAAAAAACAUAUAAGAAGCAAUCCACCCAGCCACCGCAAAUGCCUGAAGUGUAAGCCGGCCUUCCUGUUUCUCCCUUCCUUCCUACUUUCACAUACUCUCGUGCUCGCCACCAUCACAAGAUCUGAGAUCUCCCCCACUCAUAAUAUACCCCCCCUUUCACCCUCACGCGUAAUAAGCAACAUGGCUAUUCUGCCACCCCCUUACACUCCUCGAAAGCCCUCCCCGAGUCCGAAACGCUCACCCGAUGGAAGCAGAACCCGCAGUCUCUCGGCCCGCUCCUCCAAAUCUCGCUCGGACACUCCCGCCCCGCCCAAGAGGCACCGAUUCACAUUCGCCAGCUUACGCGGCAACUACCAACCCGAGCUGUCGAAGCGCCUCUUCCGCCUGAUCAAGAGCGAGAACUACGUGAUCAACGCCUACGAAUCAGCCGGGCAUGAGCGUCAGUCGAUAGCUACCCAAUUGUCCGAAUGGGGCGAGCAAACUGGUGACGAUGCGGUAUCGGAAUUGAGCGAUAAGCUUGGUGUGAUACUGACAGAGAUCGGCGCCCAGGAGGACAUUUUUGCACAGAAUCUGGAGGACUAUCGGGGCAUUCUUAAGCAGAUCCGCAACACCGAGAGUGGUGUGCAACCGAGUCGGGAUCACAAGACAAAGGUCCAGGACGAGAUUGCUCGACUAAAAUAUAAGGAACCCACCAGCUCGAAAUUGGUCACCCUGGAGCAGGAGCUCGUCCGUGCAGAAGCCGAAAAUCUAGUCGCCGAAGCCCAACUCACCAACGUCACUCGAGCAAAGCUAAAGGAAGCUUACGCCCAACACUUUGCAGCAGUGGUGGAACGCGCGGAAAAGCAAGCAAUCCUAGCUAAGCAUGGUCGACGGAUGCUAAAUCUACUAAACGACACCCCCGUCGUCCCGGGAGACACCCACGAACCCUUUAACUCGGAAAGACAGGCUCGACAAAUCCUAUACGACGCGGAGGAGGACCUACGGAUCUGGACGUUAAACCUCGAAGAAGUGCCCACACAGGCACACUCCGUCGUCGGCGGCGUCCUCGACGGUAAAGCUGCCGCUACCUCGUCGCUCGCCCCACGGACGGCUGAGUUGGGAAACCACCCUGCACAGCUGGGCAUCCACCCUGCGCACCGGAAAGUGAGCGGUGCGUCGAAUCAUUCCAACGCUGGUAGCAGCAGCAGUUCCGCAACCGCAGACCCACCAUAUCCGAUUAGUCAGGAGGAGAGGAGGAGGAGGGAGGACAUGAUUGCUGCGUUCUAAGAUACAUCGCGAGCUACUCACUUGACCACUACCAUUGUAUUGUAUUACUCGCUCUCUUUUUUUAAAAGAACACUUGCUUUCAUUUGCCUUUUCUUUUGUUUGAUGGGAUAGCAUGGGAUGGGAUGGGAUUGCAUAGCCUUCGGUUGUUUUUUUCUUUCUCAUUUCGUUGGUUCCGUCUCACUCGCUUUGUUCAAACAUACCUUUCCUUACUUGUAGUUUUCAGUAAUUACUCGCCACCAGCACAUUUCCGAAGAAUAAACAGGACUUUUUUUCUUCACUCCUCCGGAAUAUAUCACCCCAUCGUACUAUACCUGUAUCUCGGUUAUCAACACGGCACCAAGAUAUCCGCGCCCCAUCAUGACCAUCAUGGGUAGCCUCCAUUCUACCCGUCCACCGCAGCCCAAACAAACAAACCAUGGGUGAACCAGCACCCCGCGUGCUAUGAUAGUAUGGCAGUAUGGUGCGGGAACUAUACAAGCACGAUACCUGAACAUGGGCCCAGAUCCGGUAAAUAAAUCACGUAAGUGAGUAAGCUACGGUAGGCGGUUGGCCACGGUAUGAUAUAAUAAUAGUUGGGGUAACUUAUUGUAUCCCUGACUUGGCUUUGAAAGUCCCCCCCUUCACUUCUUACCAACGCCUUUACUUUACUUUAUUUUAUUUUGCUUCGCUUUGUUCUCUGGGCUUUGUGAUUGAUUGAUAUUAUGGCAUUCCUCGGACUCUCGGGGGAUGUGAUGGAUGGAUCAAU